AUGUUUGGUCGUAUUGGAGGGCAAGCGCUUCGUAUCGGAGUACGUCGCCCUGUCUCGCGUCUCAAGAUUUGUGAUCGCAAGUUCUCCGCCAAUACUGUGCCAAAUACCCCUACCACCACUGCACCGUCACCUCUCGGAGGAAUUACCGUUGAGCUUGAUCGCAUCGCGCCUCGAUUUGAGAUUUCAGCUUCUCAAAUAACAAUUCUAGACUCGCCAGCAAAUUUCUAUACGACAUUGAAGAACAAAAUCCGCAAUGCCCGGCGUCGUGUGUUUCUGUCAACACUAUAUAUUGGCAAGACCGAGUACGAGCUGAUUGAGACAUUGUCUGAGGCUUUGCGUGACAAUCCCGACCUCAAAAUUUCAAUCCUCACCGACGCCCUUCGAGGUACUCGAGAGACUCCCAAUCCGUCAUGCGCCUCGCUGCUUUGUUCGUUAGUGGCCGAGUAUGGACCAGAACGCGUAAAUAUACGAAUGUUCCAUACGCCCAAUCUCACUGGCCUGAAGAAAAAAUGGAUCCCUAGACGCAUAAAUGAGGGCUGGGGGUUGCAGCAUAUGAAGCUGUAUGGUAUAGAUGACGAGAUCAUCCUGUCAGGAGCCAAUCUAUCCCAAGAAUACUUUACCAAUCGUGUUGAUCGGUAUCAUGUGUUCGACUCCACGAAGUUGACUGAAUACUAUGCUCGUAUCCACCAGACGGUCUGCAGCUUGAGUUUUCAGGUCCUUCCAGACCAACAAAACAAAUCCGGCUACCUCCUAAAUUGGCCUAAAACAAAUGCAGCACCAUCACCACUGGAAAGCCCUAAAAAAUUCAUAGGACACGCAACAACAGCUUUGAAGCCGCUUAUUGAACCUCAUAGCAACGAACCGGCUCCCGCGCUCUCUUCGAAUCAGACUUUUGUAUACCCUGUUGCGCAGUUCACUCCACUUCUCGAAUUAGAUACAUCUACCGAGCUUCCUGUUGUCACAAGCAUUUUGCGUCUUUUGUCUGAAUCAUCUGCAUUUGCAGGGGCUCGCUGGCUCUUUACAGCAGGAUACUUCAACAUCCACCCCUCCCUGUCUUCUUUGUUGAUUUCUAGUGUUUCUAAUGUCUCUGGUGCCCACUCUACUACGAAGGGUACAGUUUUGACGGCCUCUCCAUGGGCCAACGGAUUCUACGGUUCUGCUGGUAUAUCAGGCAUGCUGCCUGCUGCUUACACCCACCUUUCAGCACGCUUCCUCGACCGAGUUGCGGCCGCUAAAGCAACAAACUCCAUCCAACUUAAGGAAUGGCGACGAGGCACCGUUGGCACGCCAGGUGGAUGGACUUACCAUGCAAAGGGUCUCUGGAUCACUCUUCCAGGUGAGGAGUUUCCCAGCUUGACCAUUGUUGGUAGCAGUAACUACACAAAACGUAGCUAUAGCCUUGACAUCGAGGCUGGUGCUUUGGUUGUGACCAAUGACCAGGAUCUGAAACAGAAGCUGGGUGAAGAGACCAAGCGACUGCAGGAAAACGCCAAUCCAAUAUCGCGUGAAGAUCUGAUGCACACAGAGCGACGCGUUGGUUGGAAUGUUCGGCUCGCGAUGUGGAUUGUUGAGAAGGUGGGUGGGGCACUUUGA